CAUUUAAUAUUUAAAAGCAGUUCUUUAGCUGGUAAAAGGAAGCAAUACAAAACUGAAGUGAUACGUUUAUUAAGGGGGAGCUGGUCUCAAAGUGCUGUAUAUGUUCACUUCACUGCAGAUAAUGACGUUUACGGAGGCAAGUUUAUUCACUUGUAAAACACUGGUUUUAUUUUGAAAAUCAUCACCGGAAGCACUGAGUAUACUGCAUCUAACUUGACCUCCCGCUGUUGCUGGACGUGUCCGCACAGCUCCCCCCUCCUCCUCCUCAGCUCAGCGGGGCUUCGCCGCCGCCACACAGCAGAUGCGGAGCCGGGGAUGAGGUGCGUGUCGCUGCCUUUUGUGCGGCUCCGGUUCUUCGAUCCGAGCUGCUGAAAAGACCAACACAACAAAACAAAAACAAACCACGCUCACGAAGAAGACUCGAGUUACGCGUCGGUUGUAGAGGAGCGUCGCAAACUGCGGACGGACGAGAGUCGGGAGAAAGUGAAUUUGAAGCAUUUGGAGACACUUUUGUUGAAGACGCUCGGCUGUGAACCGCCGCCGCCGCUGAGCUCUUUGUGCUGCCGGUUGCAGCUUUUUCUCUUCGGGUAAAAAGGCCUCCAAGAUAGAUUCCCUCAGGAGUAAAGUGGACCUGCUGCGCCUCCCCCUGGCCCUGUCUUCCAAGUCCAUCAGCAACCGCAAGAGCCAGCUGGGCGUGGUCUGGGAGAAGGGCGGCUGCGGCGGCGGCUCAGGGGCAGGAGGGGUUCAGAAACCCCGCCCACCGCCAGCCUGCGACAUGGACAACGACUCGAUAUACUCGGGCUACUCCUUCAAGUCGUCCCACUCACGAAGCUCCCGCAAACACAGAGAGAGGAGGGACAGGCAUCGCACAAAGAAUCGUGACGGCAGCAUCCGCGGAGACAAAUCAGUGACCAUCCAGGCUCCUGGAGAGCCGCUGCUGGAUGCUGAGUCCACCAGAGGAGACGACAGGGAUGACAACUGGGGCGAGACCACCACGGUGGUCACCGGCACCUCCGUGGACAGCAUCUCCAACGAGGACCUGACGCGGAUCACCAAGGACCUAGAGGACUCCUCGCCGCUGGAGUGUCGCCGUUACCUCGGCCUGGUGUUGGCUGCCGUCCUGGGGCUCUUCGCUCUGGUCACUCCUCUGGCCUUCCUGGCCCUCCCACAGCUGCUGUGGCGGGACACACUGGACCCUUGCGGCACUCCAUGCGAGGGCCUUUACAUCUCUCUGGCUUUUAAGCUCCUGAUCCUCCUCAUCUCCACCUGGGCGCUGUUCCUCCGUCCGCCCAGAGCCACUCUGCCGCGCUUCUUCAUCUUCCGCUGUCUGCUGCUGGCGCUGGUCUUCCUGUUCGUGGCGUCCUACUGGCUCUUCUAUGGGGUGCGGGUGCUGGAGCCCAGAGAGACGGACUACAGGGGGAUUGUGGGAUACGCGGCGUCUCUGGUGGAUGCGCUGCUGUUCAUCCAGUACCUGGCCCUGGUGCUGCUGGAGGUCAGACACCUGCAGCCUGCUUUCUGUCUCAAGGUUGUGAGGACCACAGAUGGAGCCAGCCACUUCUACAAUGUGGGACAUCUCAGUAUUCAGCGGGCGGCUGUGUGGGUGCUGGAGCAGUACUACAGCGACUUUCCGGUCUAUAACCCCGCCCUGCUCAACCUGCCAAAGUCCAUCCUCACCAAGAAGAUGUCUGCCUUUAAGGUCUACAAUCUAGGAGAAGAGAACAGCACCAAUAACUCCACGGGGCAGUCCAGAGCCAUGAUCGCAGCCACGGCUCGGAGAAGAGACAACUCCCACAACGAGUACUACUAUGAGGAGGCAGAGAUGGAGCGGAGGGUCCGCAAACGCAAAGCCAGGCUGCUGGUGUCAGUAGAAGAGGCUUUCACCCACAUCAAACGUCAACAGGAAGAAGAGGCGGCCGCGUCCUCGCCCAAACACCCACGGGAGGUGAUGGACCCCAGGGAGGCAGCUCAGGCCAUCUUCGCUCCCAUGGCGCGAGCCAUGCAGAAGUACCUCCGUGCCACCAGGCAGCAGUCCUACCACAGCAUGGAGAGCAUCAUCAACCACCUGCAGUUCUGCAUCACGCACAACAUGACCCCCAAGGCUUUCCUCGAGCGCUACCUCAGCCCAGGUCCCACCCUCCAGUACCUGGACAACGGUAGGGGGCGCCAAUGGACACUGGUGAGCGAGGAGCCAGUCACAGCCUCUCUGCGUGAAGGCCAGGUCUUCACUCUGAAACGCCUGGACUUCUCCCUGGUCGCCACAGUGACGCCCCUUCCCUUUCUACGUCUGGGCGAGGAGUUCAUUGACCCCAAAAGCCACAAGUUUGUCAUGAAGUUGCAGUCAGAAACGUCUGUGUAGGAGGCGGGAGAUGAAUAAUGGAUGAAACAAAGGAGGGGGAUGAUGAUUCAAAGAUACUAAACUUAUUGCCUACAGGGUACCUUACCUAAUACCUUUUGGUAUUACAUUUUGCAUGAUUUUUAUUUGUGUUAUGCCAAAAUAUACCAAGCAGAUAUGACUAAAACAUAAGCUUACAGAAAAGAAGAGGCAAAGCAACAGAAAUACCCCAUCUGUUACCUGGUUCCUCUUUUGUUUCUAGUGAAGAACUAAAAUUACAACCUCAUCUCAAAGUGCUGACUGUUAACUUCUGAUAAUGCACUGCAGACUCCUUCCUCUUCCCAUUACACUAGAGGGCUGUUUUUUUUGGAGUAUUAUACUAUAAAUGUAAUAAAAUACGUUCUUUUUAUAAAAGUCCUUUGGCUAAAAAAGGAAAAAAUGUAAUUCUUGCAACACUUAUUCAAGUGAGUAUACCCAUGUAGGAUAUCAUCCAGCUGUGGUGAAUAUUCAAGUCUUCAGAAUAUAGAGGAACAGCGUACAGCUGCUGACCUUUUUCAUGCAGACUCAAGAGGCUUGGUCAUCUUGGUCAGACUAUGUCAGAGCUGAUCUUGCUUCUCAUUUUUUGUCAUACUUGAACUUCUCACUUGCUGUCGAUUUGGCCUUUAAAGGCUAUAAACAGGAGUCAGAAAAGUCAACUAAAAGGUUCCCCUGUCUUUCCUCAACUCGUUGGACGUUUACAGGAUUUAUUGAAUCAAAGGGAGAUGAAACCGCUUUUGAACUGCUUCCUCUAUUUUUGGUUCUGUUGAAAAUUUUACUGAACUUUCCGGUAAAGGUAGCAGAUAGUGUCAAGUAGGAAACACUGGAUGAACUUGUUGCACUGAGCAUUUCUUUUAUUUCCUGUUCCACCUACAUAAAUGUUUUUUUUAUGUUUUAUACUCAUGCACUGGUGAUAAAUAUAAGCACAAUUUAGUAUAUACAUAGUGAAGCAACAGCUUAUGAGGUGUUCUUGAUAAGCUCAGGCACAAUAUAGCCAAGUACCACCAGUGUGCAUUUUUUGGCAGCUUGAUCUUUAUUACUGUCUGAUAUUUUGCAACGUUGGCUGUGUGUGUGUGUGUGUGUGUGUGUUUGGGGGGGUUGGGGGGAUCAUGAACUGGGAUGAAGUGGGCAGCUGCCCCAGUAACUGAGAGUAAUUGUACAUUUGUUCACUACAACACUGCCAGACACAACUUUUUGGCCAGCUUUAGAAACGUGAAUGUCCAUGAUUGAGUGACUCAUUGAGUGACACCAUUGGUCGGCUGGCUGUUGGACUUCCACGUGAACUGUUUCUAUUAUGUUACCAGGGAGUGUGACUCAUUUUUGUUUGCCAGCUCUGAGCUCUGACCCGGAAUCAGGUCUUCUGACCCAACUAACACUUACUCAGGUGACAUCACUUGAGGCAAUUUUCAGACUAACCCCAGGAGGUUAAUUACAUCUUUUUUCACAUGCAGUAGUAUUCCCUGGGACCUGAUUUUUAAAAUGUUAAUUAGCUUGAUUUAUAUGACAUAUGUAACUGACAAAACGCAUAGAUAUUCAGUUAUGAAGCCAGAACCAGUGACUUUUUCUGUAAUGUUUUUUUUUUUUUCGUAAAAAAUACUUCAUCAGUUAUCAAAAUAGCUGCAGAUUGAUUUUCUGUUGAUGAACUAACUGAUUGAUGAACUGAUGUUUCCAUCGGUACUUGUUGUUUCUGGGUGUCUGUAGAAGUAGUGAAAGCUGCUGUGUGUGGUCUGUGGUUGUCAACGGGGGCCCCCCCGCAGGUUAAGCUGGACAUGGAUUUGUGUGCACAUUCACUGAAAAAUAUACUUCUUACACUACAAAGAGAGAUUGUCGUUCCAACCACAAACUGUUUUCUAAGCUUGUGUUUUCCAUGUUUUUAAUCAAUUCAUUUGCUGUCACUUUAUUGUUCUGAAACUAAGCUCCUAACACUUGUCUUUGAAGAUUAUUGUCUUUAAAAGCAAAAUUAUUUCCUGUUACACCGUGUUUUUUAAGACUCAGUUGUUAUAAAAGGUUUUUGAUAAAUGA